UCCGCCGAAUCGACCAUGAGGCGGCGUUCGGCCUGCGAGGAGAUGGUGAUUCGUGAGAGUGUGAAUGCUUGAGUGCCGAUUGAUUUGCCUUAAAUUCAGCGUUGCUUCGCGUAGAUUUGGUUGGGGUUUUCGAAGGUAAAGUCUUUGUUGUGUGUUCCUUCGAAUUUUCUGUGCUGGUGGGGAGCUGAGAAAUCUUGUUGCAGGGGAAGUGCUUGAUGAUUUCCAGCUUUUUGCAUCUCCGUCCCCAAUAAUCCUCAGUUGGUCCUCAGUUGGUCGCGGGAAUUGGGUGUGUGGAUCAGGGUGGAUCAAUCGCUACAGAUGGGUGAAUCGGGGAACUCGUCGGGAAGCGUUGACGUGCGAAGAUCGAGUAGACUUUUAAAGAAGCAGAUUGAUGGGCUGAUGAAGACACUUAGCUUGGUAGAUGAGUCGGAAGAGAUAGAAAUGGAGGAAGAUGAAGAGGAGUGGGCACCUAGAGCAGGUAAGAGUGGAGCCGGUAGGGUCAUGGCGAAGAGAGGCGAGAGGGAAACGAGCGCUACGAGCUCCAGCCAACGGAGGACGAAUAGGAACCAUGCUGAGACUGGGAUGGGAUUGUUUCACAUGAUGCGCGGUGACUGGGUUGACGGUGAUUCACGUGCCACGAAAGUUGGCUUGAACGCAUUGGAAACUGCAGUUGUGGAUCCGAUCAAGGAAGAUGUAAUGAAGAAGUCUUUUGUGCCCAGUGUAUCGCAACUGGACGAAGUGAUCGACCUAAGCUGUGACGAGAUUAGUGAUGACAGUGACGAUGGAGACAGCUCUUCAGACUACGAAAGUGGAGGAGAACAAGAACUAAUCGCACCACUCAGUCAUGAAGAUGCAGGACUAUUUGCUGAAGUGAUGAAAGUAAUUAAAGAAGGAAGUGAUCUAAAGAAGCCCAAAGUCGAACAUCUGAAAGCAUAUUUGCGAAAUUAUGGGUUACGCAUGGUUGGUGUGAAAGCUAUCCUCUUGAGUCGUGUUCAAGAACACUUGAGAAUCAAGGAUGGACAAGGAGAAGAUAUAUAUCCAAGAUCGUCUUUUACAAUAAACUGCAAGGGUGACGUAUGUCUUGGAGACAUUGUGCUGUUUCUGCAGAAUGUUUAUGAUAUGCCGUUUGCAAUUCAGAGACGAGGUGCGAGUGGUCCUCCCUUGGGAAAGCGUUGGGUGGCUGGCAAAGUUGUAAAUGAGAGUUAUGGUGCUGCAAAGCAGCAGCACACAUUCACAAUUGAAGUUCUGUGGAGCACGGGUACCAGGCCAUUUUACGUCAUGCGCCCCCUUCUAAUCAAAGGCCGCAAUUUGUAUCGUAUGAGCACUCUCAGACAGCCAUGGAGUAACGAAGCAGAGAGGCAAAAGGUGUUGGAGGAAAAGCAUGCUCGUGGUGCAAAAGCUCGUGCGCUCAGACGGGGUGUGAAGGCAUCGAGGUUAAAAGUUUCUCGUACGAAAGCAGGGACGUCUACAUCAUGGUCGGGCUCAAGGGAAAGCUCACGUACUCGAGAUCGCCCAGCGGCAAAAGUCUGGGGACUUGACCCGACAAGCCGUCCUUCGCAACAUGAAAGGAUAAACAACCAACGUAAUGACUACCGAUGUCAAGACAGGAUUGCCUCACACGCACAAAAUCGAGAUCGCCCAACGGCACAAGAUAGAUUUCAUCCCACAGCGUCUUCUUUCCACAACGCUUUGCAACAUGGGAGGGUUCAUACUCAGCAGCAAUUCUAUCAAAGCGGGUUGGGGGCACACCCAGUCCCCUUGAAUCAUGUCCGUGAACGAGAAAUUUUACAUAUCGCCUGUUCCACUGCUGAAUGUGAUAAGGCCGGUGCGAAGCAGUGCAUAACGCGGGCAUGUGCCUCAUGCUGUUACAGGAGUAACUCGUCGAGAGGGAGAUGCUCUAGACAUCUAUGAAUGGAAAGUUUACCAGACACUGAUUGAAGUCAUUGAAGCUGAUCCUGAGCCCUGUAAAGCGAGGAUUUGCAUCAUUUAGUUUAAGGAUUUAACACCAUUUGUGAAGAAUGCCGCUUGGAUUGGAGCGCAGACUACUGAUGCGCUUUUCACCCUUUGUGGUCAAGUUUGUGUGCCUACUAGAACUCUUUAUACAUCUGUAUAUCAAUUUGAACGAAAUAUAUCUUUGUAAUUUUACUGUACUGCAAAUAGAAGAGAGAUUACAAUCUGAAACCUUAGAGAAAAUAUACAUGUAUACAGUUACUAGCAAAAUUUACCGUGUUAGUUGUUAGUUUCUAAAGUGUGUAGGAUUUUGAAGAUGUUUUUGUGUGCUCAUUGAUUGUUGUUGUAAAAGAGUAAAAAUAAUUCCGAUUAAA